UCCCGUAUCGCGACCUCCUCUCCAUCUACCGUUUACCAACCUUCCUUCCUCGCCAGCCAUCAUGGCGGCUCCCCAAAUCACCACCGUCGCCGAAUCGCGAGACCUCCGCGGCCUCAACCUCAUCGCCGCCCACUCCCACAUCCGCGGCCUCGGCGUCGAGCCCGACACCCUCGAGCCCAAGCCGUCCUCCCAGGGCCUUGUCGGCCAAGCCCGCGCCCGCAAGGCCGCCGCCGUCAUCCUGCAGAUGGUGAAAGAGGGGAAGAUCGCCGGGCGGGCGGUGCUGAUCGCGGGCCCGCCGUCGACGGGGAAGACGGCGAUUGGGAUGGCGAUGGCGCAGGCGUUGGGGAGCGCGAUGGGGGGGGACGUGCCAUUUACGAUGGUGACGGCGAGUGAGAUCUUUAGCUUAGAAAUGAGCAAGACAGAGGCGUUGACACAGGCGUUUCGGAAGAGUAUUGGCGUGAGGAUUACGGAGGAGAGUGAGGUGAUCGAGGGGGAGGUGGUAGAGAUUCAGAUUGACAGGAGCGUGACGGGCUCCAACAAACAAGGCAAACUCACCAUCAAAACCACCGACAUGGAAACCAUCUACGACAUGGGAACCAAGAUGAUCGACUCCAUGACCAAAGAAAAGGUCAUGGCCGGCGACAUCAUCAGCAUCGACAAAUCCUCCGGCAAGAUCACCAAGCUGGGCCGCUCCUACACCCGGGCGCGCGACUACGAUGCCAUGGGUGCCGACACCAAGUUCCUCGCCUGCCCGGACGGCGAGCUCCAACAGCGUCGCGAGGUCACCCACACCGUCAGCCUGCACGAGAUCGAUGUCAUCAACAGCCGCACACAAGGGUUCCUGGCGCUGUUCGCCGGCGACACGGGCGAGAUCCGCAGCGAGGUGCGUGAGCAGAUCAACACCAAGGUGGCGGAGUGGAAGGAGGAGGGCAAGGCCGUCAUCGUCCCCGGCGUGUUGUUCGUCGACGAGGUGCACAUGCUCGACAUCGAGUGCUUCUCGUUCGUCAACCGCGCCCUGGAAAAUGAUUUGGCGCCCAUCGUCAUCAUGGCGUCGAACCGUGGCCACACGCGCAUCCGCGGCACCAAGUACAAGUCGCCACACGGCCUGCCGCUAGACUUCCUAGACCGCGUCGUCAUUGUCAGCACGCAGCCGUACGGCGGGGAGGAGAUCCAGCAGAUCAUCAGCAUCCGCGCGCAGGAGGAGGAGAUUGAUCUGAGCGCGGAUGCAUUGGCGCUGCUGACGAAGGUCGGGCAGGAAGCGGGAUUGCGGUACGCGAGUAACCUGAUCAUGACGAGUUUUCUGUUGGCGCAGCGGAGAAAAGAGACCGAGGUGGCGCUGGACGAUGUGCAGCGGAGUUUAAAUCUCUUCUACGACCCGGCACGAAGCGUCAAGUUCGUGCAAGAGUACGAGAAACGAUUCAUCAACGACGAAGGCGGCGUCAUGCUCUCCGCCCCAAAUGGCGCCGCCGCCCCUGCGGGAGCGGAUGCCAUGGAAAUCGCAUAGAUGUCGACCCAACUGUUUUCAUCCACGGCGGAAGGAGCUUCACUGGAAAAGCGCGGCGUUCACAUGGGGGUGGGAAACGGGAAAAUCAUCACAGGCAAUUGUAAUUUUAGUUGUUAGAGCUUGGGAUCGGAUUACAUAGACAAUGCAAGGGCAAGUCCAUGGGUUCAAGGGACGAUCGACAUUAAUUCCAAUUUAUCGCACCAUGAGAUGUGAGAGUGGGACAGCAGUUGAGAUUGGCGCGACACUUUGAGGCUCCAAUUUCCAAAAGCGAGCAACCGAUCAUGCACUUCCAGACUCUAUGCUAUACACUUGGGCGACAGCCCAGAAAAACGCCAUGCUAAUGCUGGGGUAUCUAAGUAG